GCGCACCCCCCCGCCGCUCGCGCUCGGCCAUGGCGGAGGCCUCAGUUGGAAGGCAGAGCCCCAGGGUGGUGCCAUACCCAGCACACAGCCUGUGCCCCGGAGAGCCGGCUCUGCAGAGUGCAGCAGUUGUGUCCAUGGGCUCAGCUGAUCACAGACUGAACCUGGCAGAGAUCCUCUCACAGAACUACGGCGUGCGGGAGGAAAGGGACGAGGAUGAUGAUGAUGCUCAGGAGAAGCAGAAAUCUUUAGAAGAGCUGGAGAAGAGUUUCAGUGCCUCUCAGAGCAGUGAAAUGCCAUUUGAGGAGCUGCUUGCACUUUAUGGCUAUGAGGCAUCUGACCCCAUCUCAGAGCAGGACAGUGAGAGCAAUGACAUCACUCCAAAUCUCCCAGAUAUGACUCUGGAUAAGGAACAAAUAGCGAAGGAUUUGCUUUCAGGGGAAGAAGAGGAGGAGACCCAAUCUUCAGCUGAUGAUCUGACUCCCUCUGUCACGUCCCACGAUGCAUCGGACCUGUUCCCAAACCAGCCUGGCUCAAACAACUUCCUUGCUGAUGAAGACAAAGAACCCUGUUCAUCUCCAUGUGCUUCCUCCAUGGCUGAGGAUUCAGAGGAGGAUUCCAUCCCACCCAAUGAGUGCAAGAAGGAGAUCAUGGUUGGACCUCAGUACCAAGCCACUGUUCCCACCCUCCACUUGAACAGGCAUGGUGAAAAAGCCUAUGAGAAUGAAGAUCAGCUGCUUUGGGACCCAAACAUCCUUCCUGAGAGAGAGGUGGAGGAGUUCCUGUACCGCGCAGUCAAGCGGCGAUGGGAGGAGCUGUCUGGCAGCAGCCUGCCAGAGGGAGAGAUGGUGAAGGACAAUGAGCAGGCUUUGUAUGAACUGGUUAAAUGCAACUUCAAUGCAGAAGAGGCACUGCGGAGGUUACGGUUCAAUGUGAAGGUUAUCAGAGAUGAGCUUUGUGCCUGGAGUGAAGAAGAAUGUAGAAAUUUUGAACAUGGCUUCAGGGUCCAUGGGAAAAACUUCCAUCUUAUCCAAGCAAAUAAGGUCCGCACCCGCUCGGUGGGAGAGUGUGUGGAGUAUUACUACAUGUGGAAGAAAUCAGAACGUUACGACUACUUCACUCAGCAGACUCGUUUAGGAAGGAAGAAGUACGUCCUCCACCCUGGAGCCACGGAUUACACGGACAACGACUUGGAUGGAGGGGAGGUGGAGAACACCACUCGCUCCCGGAGCUCCCUGCCCGUUCCCUCUGCAGCCAGCUGCCUGGAUUCCCACUUUUCUCAGGACCAGCUCGCUAUGGAGAGCACAGAGCCCCUGAGUGUGGAGAGCACAGCCUGCAGCCUGGGCAGCAUGAGUGAGUCGGGGCAGGGCUACGAGUGCAGCACUCCUUCUGAGACAAAUUGUUCCUUCGACCCCACAGAGGAAACCUCCUCGGGCACCACCUCAGCUCCCUGCACACACCACCCUGUCACUGUCCCCCCCUCAGAAACGGGGCUCUAUGCUUUGCCACCAGCAGGACCAGGACUAGCAGAGAAGCAGGAGGCAUUGCAGAGCUCUGGUGAGACGAUAACCAUGGACUUCACUCUCCCUGCAGACAUUAAUGAGGGUUUACCUUUAAUUGCUGGCCCUGUGGAUUUGGACAGAGACCCAGAGGCAGUGGUGGCAUCUGCUCAAGUGUCCUUAUCGGUCACAGAUUUUGGCCUCAUUGGCAUUGGAGAUGUAAAUAGCUUUCUGACUGCUCACCAGGCUUGCCCAGCACCUGUGGCUCACUCAGAGCCUUUGUCACAGUGAGAGUCUCCACUCACAAACUUUGUCACAGACCCAGCAAGGACUCGGACCCGACGGAAUGAAAUCCUGGAACUUGUGCUGUUCCACAGGGACAGUUUGGAGCUGUUGGUCAGAAUCCAUCUUUCCAUCCUCCUUUAUCCCAGGCUACAGUGAAACUAAAACACCUUCUGCUCCCACGUGUUCUGACACAAUCACACCAAGCUGUGGCUGGCUCUGGUGAGGGGGUGGUCCCUUGCCCCCCGUUUUGUUGCCCACAUGUACCCCAGGUAAUUCCAGGCUGUUGGGAGAGUCCCUGCCUUUGGACAGGGAAUGUCCUUGUCCCCCUGGGGGGGACAGUCUGAGCUCAGAGAUGUUUUGAGGGCAGGGAUGUGUCACCAGCACUACAGGGCUGGGAUGGGGGGACAGCCUGGAGGCUGCAGCACUCUGGAGGUCCAUGGGGAGCACCAGCCAGCCAGGCUGUGGGGCUGCUGGCUGUGGACAGGCACGGCAGUGCCAGAGGAAGAUGAGGAGUCCUGGCCCUUCAUCCCAGCAGCCAUCCUGCAUUCCAGCUGUGCCUUGUGACAGGCACACUCUGCUCGUGUGAUUGCUCAUGGCUCUGCUUGUGCUGCCACCAGCUGCAGGUGGGAUGUGGGCUGGUCUGACCCUCCCCUCCUGUCUGGGAAGGUGACACAGCAUGGGGCAGCAGCACCCCGUGCCCCCCAGUCCUCACCUUCCCUUGCUGUGAGGGCUGGGGACAGCUUGUGCUGGGAGCUACAAGGGUUUCACCAAAGGACACUGUCUCUCUGUGCUGCUGGUGGUGGUGAGUGAUGUGAUCCUUGCUGCCUGGUGCAGUACAAGAGGGUGAAAUGCAAGUGGAAAUAUCCCAGCUUGCUGAGUCCAUCAGCUGGAGAGGGAGGAGGAGGAGGAGGCUGCUUGGCUCCCCAAGUCUGGUCCCCAAGCUACCACUACCAGGCAAGGAGAGCACAGCAGUCCCUGGGCUCCUGGCCCCUCAGCCUCACACACACAAAAAGCUGUUUUCUGAGAGGAAAGUGUUCUUACUGCCACUGGAAUGUUUCAGGGAGGUGACAAGGGUGGCCCCGUGUGGCAGUGAGGUGGCCAAUGCUGUGCAGAGCCCCAGCAAGGUGUGUGGGUGUGCUGGAGCUGCUGGAGCUGCUUAACUUCCCGGGCCUGCCCCAGGUCUAGGGUUCACCACAGCUCAAAUCCAUGCUUUCUCCCUCCCUUUCCCCGGGCAGGGCUCUGGUGCAGGUGUUCCUUCCCUCAGCUGUUUUCUGCGUUUGGAGGGGGUUUGGGUUGCUUAUUUUUUGUUGUUGUUGUUUUGGGAGAGGCUUUUGGAUGAUCCUGCAGUUGGUUCUGCUGCUGGUGGAUGUGGAAGAUGACUCAGUGCUGAAGCCUGGAUCCUUCUUGCCCCCGGUGCUGUGGGGUUGUGCUCAGCACCCUGGUGGGAGCAGGGAGACAGCAGCUGCACAGGAUGCCAGGACCAGGCCCUGUCCCUCCUCUCCUGAGCCCCGGGCCUGUUUUGUGUGUAUUAAUGGGGUUUUCCUCUGCCCCAGCUGGCCCUGCAAGGUGCUCCCAGGUGCUGGGAACAGAAAGCAAACACGAGUGCCCACCCCACAGUGGAACUGCCCAGGCUGCCAUGCGUCUUUCCUGGGGGAGAGGAGGAGGGCCAGGCCUUGGCAUCUCCUCUCCAUCUUAGUUCUUCUGAAACCUUUUUUUUUCUUUGGUUUGUUUCAAGCCCUAAUGAAAGGAGAGGGGAGGCUGGGGGAGGUGAAAGUGUCUCUUAUUUAUGUUCUUCAGUGUUGUUUACAGAUGCCCACGGGGUCUUUCAACAUGAGUGUGGCGAUUUUUCCACAUAACUUUGAGAGGGGUGGAAGGGGCUGGGACAGGGAGGGGGUUACUCCAGGAGGCUUUGUUAUUUUGUUGGGGUUUUUCUUUUUCCUUCUUACAAAGCACAUUCACUUUGAGCCACUCCCUAUGCUGGACUCUUUCCCCCUCCUCCCUUCCCCUCCCAAGCCCUACACUGUGAAGUGAUACUGCCUUGAAGACCCCUCGACAUUAUUUAUUUAAUUAAAAACAUCAUUUGAAAAUGA